AUGGAGUGGCUGGAGAACCUCAUUACAAAUGCAACCCAUGCUGAUGUGGAUAAGGCACGUCUUUGCUUUCCACAUGAGCCAGACUCCUGCUUUCGAACAGCUCGUUUCUUUGUUAUUAGAGUUGCUAUGUACAUUUUAAUGUUUCCUACAGUACUCAUGACUGUUUUUGGGAAUCUGUUGGUCAUCAUCACUAUUUCCCAUUUUAAACAGCUGCAUUCGCCGACUAACUUUAUCAUCCUAUCCUUGGCCUUUGUGGACUUCAUGUUGGGCUGUCUGAUCAUGCCUUUCAGCAUGAUACGAUGGGUGGAAGGCUGCUGGUUCUUGGGGGAGAUAUUUUGCAAAAUCCAUUCCAGUUUAGACAUGACACUAAGUAUUGUCUCCAUCCUGCAUCUGUGUUUGGUUUCCAUUGAUCGACACAUGGCCAUUACGGACCCUCUGGGUUAUAAGAUGAAGGUGACAAAUGACAGCGUGGCUGUAGGAAUUGCUGUCAUUUGGCUCUUUUCAUUCUCAUUUAGCUUUGGUGUGGUAUUGUCUGAUAUAAAUCUUGAAGGUUUGGAGGACCUUUUAAUGCUGAGUUCCUGUGUCGGAAGCUGCGCAUUGAUUUUUAACAAACAGUGGGGAGUCAUUGCUGCCCUGGUGGCAUUUUUCAUUCCAGGAACUAUCAUGAGCUGUCUUUACCUUAAAAUAUUUCAUGUUGCACGAAAACAAGCUAAAGUAAUGGCUAACAGGGCUACUAUUGGAAAAUCUGAAACAAAGAACUAUUCUCCAGAGCAGAGGGAAAGAAAAGCAGCUAAAACUCUUGGCAUUGUGAUGGGAAUUUUUUUGCUUUGUUGGCUGCCAUUCUUCAUUGCUACUAUAGCUGAUCCAUUCCUGGACUUCUCAACCCCUUUAGAUGUUUUUGAUGCCCUGGUGUGGUUUGGCUACCUUAAUUCAACUUGUAAUCCUUUGGUCUAUGGCUUUUUCUAUCCUCGAUUUCAGAAGGCAUUUAAAAUUAUCAUAUCUAAAUAUGUUUUUCACCUAAGUAACUCAGACAAUCUAACACUCUAA